AUGGAGCAGCUAGAUGCUGCAAGAGGCAGUAUGGAGGAGGUCGAGCCGGAUGCAGAUGGGGUUCCCCUGGAGGGGACGGGGCGGAGUAAGGAUAACGCCCUCCGGAUCGAUGAUCAAGCACCGUUUCUCAUCCCGGUGUGUAACGCCUGCGCGUGCCCCUCCAGCACGUGCACACAUGGUGCAUCCAGCGGUAUUGCAGCGGUCCUGCCCAUGGAUGCUGAGGGCGUUCAGCUGGAGGUGCCCAAGCUCGUUCGCCCAACGGAUUCUUGGCAAGUCCAUGACCCCGAGGUGCUGCUGCUGCGGAACCCGGUCAGAGUUAGCGAGCUGACGGCCCGGGAUUUUGGGGAGCUGAGCGCUGCAGGGGUCCUCUCAGCUCCGUGCCCCAGAUCGGCUCCACCUUGCGGAACCAAAUGGUCGGGGCUCUGGCAGAGAGCACAAAUUCACGAUUUGGGUUGGUCCCAGGAGGUCAAGCUCCGGAUCUAUUGCUGCGCGUGCCCAAAGAAGCACACCGUUCACUUCAACGGAGAGGCGCUCGGUCUGUACGCCUGGACGCGAGGGGUGGUCAUUACGCAAGCCGCUUGCCAGUUUAUGCUGCGGUCCGUACAACACUCAGGAGCCGCUUUCAAUGCACUCGUUGCAGCUGCAAGUACGGCAUGGCGUCUCUACAACCCCAGCGCAACUCUCUUGACAGAAGAGACUUGGCGCAAGGCUAGCCUCGGCUUCUUCAAGUUGUGCGGACGGCAGAUCAUGGAGUGCUGCAGCCUUUGCGGCCCGCAUCCAGAGGUACUCCUGUGCGACGGCAUUGUCGGGCUUGCCUGCGCUGACGGCACGCGUCAGAAGGGCGGUCUGGCUGGAACGGAUGCCGCUCAGCUCCGACCGUUCACGGCACCUAGUCGAGGCUCGGACGGAGUCAACGUGCGGAAGGUCAUGGAGGCUGGAAGCAACUACUGCGCGGCGUCUCUUUCCGGUGGAGGCCUAAAAAGGCGUUUUAUGCAGCAACCGGAGAUCCGGACGCUUAUAGCGCGGUACAGUGUUCACCACGCUGCUGACCCGGAGCUGGGAAAGGCUCUUAGCUCUCGAGAAUACGAGGAGCUUCUGGUCGCGCUCGAUAGAGACGACGUGCAAGUUGUCACAGACUUCGUUCCGGACCCGGAUGAUGCCGACGCGGACCCCGUCCUCCUGCAAUGGCGCCGGUGGGUCCGGGCGGACCAGGUCGGCCAGAUGCGUUCGAAGAACAAAGUGGGGCACGAGCUGGUCGACGGCAUCGAGAGAGAAGUCAUGCAAGAGGAGGCUUGCUGGCCUCUGCACUGCCCCAGCAGAUGGGCGGAGCUGCUCUACACUCUCGGCGCGCCGCACUCGGUCUCGGACGAUUCCAACCUCAUCCAGCAUGGGAAGGCUCUGAGUGUGGUCCGCAAGCUGCUCCUCGGGGGAGCCGCAAACGACGACGACAGGGUCGUGCUAGCAGAGCACUCUCCAAUCCUGCGCCGGCUGCUGGACCACUACGGCGACCGCUACCCUCGCUUUUUCUAUCCGACGCUACAUCAUCUCUACCGGUUGACGCUCUUUGGACGUGGAGCCGUGGGACUCGGGGUUGGGCGGGCGGGGUGGGCGUUGUCGGCCAUCGAAGGCCUCGAUGUCUGCGUCUGGCUUGGGCGAGAUGUCUGCGUCUGA